AUGGCUCCUCCGCGUCUACAACGUCUACUACAAAAGUACAACUUGGACGUCAUCUUCAAACCGGGCAAGGAAAUGUUCAUCGCAGAUACGCUCAGCAGGGCAUACUUACCAGAUAGUGCGGAUGAUCUAGUACCGGAUUUGUCUGUGAAUUUCGUAUCCGCAUAUCUGCCGCUCUCGCCAGAAAAGUAUAUAGAAUUCCAGAAGGAAACGGCUAAUGAUCAUGAGUUACAGAUUCUACAAGAUGUGGUUCUAGAAGGUUGGCUAAGUGAUAAGAGGGAAGUGCCACAAGAGGCUCGACCCUACUGGCCAUUCCGAGAUGAAAUAUCAUGUGUUGAUGGCCUGUUGUUUAAAAAUCACAAGGUCAUAAUUCCAAAAUCUCUGCGUGAAAAAAUGCUGGCCUUAGUGCAUAAGUCUCAUUUGGGUAUAGUGAAAUGCAAGUCAAUGGCAAGAGACACCCUAUAUUGGCCAGGAAUGAGUGUUGAAAUUGAAAAUAUGAUUCAAAAGUGUAGUGUGUGUGCAGAGGCCUCGCGAAAGGAUCCAAAGGAACCACUCAAGGAAACAGAAAUUCCGGACCGUCCGUGGUCCAUCAUUUCAACUGAUUUAUUUGAAUUCCGGGGGCAACACUAUUUAGUAUCUGUGGAUCAUUACUCCAAGUGGCCAGAGCUCGCGAAACUGGAUAACCUCACCAGCAGCAAUACCAUACCAUACCUCAAAGGUCAGAUUGCUCGAUAUGGUAUACCGGAUCGUAUCAUUUCUGAUAACGGACCACAGUUCGCCUGUGAAGAAUUCACAAAAUUCUGUAAAGACUACGGAAUUGAACACCGAACAUCGAGUCCGAGAUUCCCCCAGGCAAAUGGACAAGCCGAACGAACAGUUCAGACGGUAAAAAACUUGUUUUUCUGA